UUCUGCUUUUAAUUUUAUAUUAAAGUUCUACUUCUAGAAAAAAAAAAGCCUUUUUCUUGAAGUGCAUAUAUAGGUUAAAAUUGACCCGUAACACCAUGGAUGUUACUAGAGUUAAUAUUAAAAUAAAUCAUUUAUUUAAGAGAAGUGUUCUAAUACAGUACAGUCUGCACAAUGAAUAGUUACAACCAGCAGUCAGGCAAACGUGUACUCCUCAAAUGUUGAACUACUCCUUUAAGUUUAAUUCAACACAGCAAAGGCUAAUCCGAGGGGAAUCCCCGGUGUUAUAACAACUGGGGCUCCCCUCGGCACAGUCACUUUUCCAGUACGCCAGGACAGACUGGACAGAGAGUGGGACUGUUAACGUGGGUUUUGUGCCGCACGGGGUCUAGACGAAGACGUCCGAACCACCUCUGGCGCUUUCUCACAUGUAGACCGAGAGGGACCGCUACAUUGUGCCCAAUAAGCGAAUCGCAGACAGAGCCGUCUGUGGACGUCCGAUCGCACAGCAACCAGGAAGACGCUAUUCACCGGAGGACCCUGAGAUCUGCAGCCACGACAAGGUGUGUGAUCAUACUAAAAUGACUGUACUCGGGACAAAGAAGACGUACAUCCUUCUCUCCUUCCUCUGUGUUUUACUCCUGUGCCUUUUCAAUGUAUGGCUGAGAGGAUUCCAGGUUCUGACCAUGAUAAAUCCCUUUGCCAUUUAUGACAACAGCAGCAAUAGAAAUGUGACCAUACUGCUGUGGUACCGGCCCUUCAACACACCAAUGAGCCUGGAGGGUGACGUGUGCUGGGACUUGUACCACAUCCCUCGCUGUAGACUGGUGGACCAGCACUUUUUGUUCCCCUCAGCUGAUGUAGUGGUGUUCCACAACAGAGAGCUGAUAAACGGCCAGCAGAAGCUGCCCUUAGACCUUCCACGGCCACAGGGCCAGAGAUGGGCCUGGAUGUCCAUGGAGUCCCCUGCUCAUAAUGGAAACUUGCAGCAGUAUGCCAAUAUCUUCAACAUGACCAUAAGCUACAGGAGGGAUGCUGAUAUCACAGUACCAUAUGGUGAGCUGCUACCAAUAGAGGCUGGAGGACAUCUGGAGGAAGAUGUCCCUCUGAAUAAGAGCACUCUGGUUUGCUGGGUGGUCAGCAACUUCCAGAACUACCACAAGAGAAGUCAAGUGUACAAAGAACUCAAUGCUGUAGUUCCUGUGAAGGUUUAUGGGAGGUGGUCAGGGACACCCCUCUCUGAUGAAGUUCUCUUACCUACAAUCUCUCAGUGCUACUUCUAUUUAGCCUUUGAGAAUUCAAUUGCUAAAGAUUAUAUCACAGAGAAGCUGUGGUGGAAUUCUUACAAAGGCGGGGCAGUACCUGUCGUCUUGGGGCCACCGAUCAGUGAUUACAAAGAUGUGGCUCCACCCAACUCUUUCAUCCAUGUUGAUGAAUUUGCAUCAGUGCAUGUUUUGGGAAAGUUUCUACAGAAGCUGGCAGAGGACAAGGAAACCUACAAUGAAUAUUUUUCCUGGAAACAACAGUGGAAAGUGAAAAUGUUCUCAGACUGGAGAGAAAACCUGUGUAAGAUCUGCGUACAGUACAACAGUUUACCUCAGCACAAGGUUUACUCAGAUCUAGAGGCCUGGGACAAGAAUAAUAACACAACUUUCAUUGGAAAAUUGUGAAUUGUACCACAUUUCUCCCAUUUGUGCACACCAUGUUUUAAUUUUCUGUGUCAGGAACUAUUUAUUUUUCAUUAUUGCAUAAUUUGUGAUGCAUUUUUCAUGUUGUUGCUAGGCCAACAAUUAAAAUGAGAAAUAAAAUAAUCAACAAAUUGACAGAAAAUAGAUGAAAUGGUGGUAGAAAAUCAGGGACAAAGCCAUUUUUAUUGCAGAAAAUCUAGUGAAUCACAUUCCUGAGACUCAGGAAACUGUCCAAGAACACUGUGGAAGCUAUACACACAGUAUAUAUGCAAACAGCCAGCACAACUACCAUACUUUAACUACUUCAUAAAAGAACAAGGACCACUGAUGCAAGUCCCCAUCACUUCAUACAAAAC